GGGAGAAAAGAGACGCGAAUAGAGAGGGCACCAUUCGGAGCUGCUUCUCUGGCUGCAUUUGCCCUGUCUCGUGGUGUUAAUGACCGUAGGCUGAGUCAACCUCUGUUCCCACGGCCAAGUCGCGUGAGCGCCUUGGAUCUCUCCUCCUGGGUCAAGGCGGCCAGCAACGCUAGCAGCGUCGUCAGCAGCAGCCCGAGCCUGGUGGUCAGUAGCAGCCACCACCACCACCACCACAGCGGCGCUGGCGUCGGCGGCCACGGUGGCGUGAGCGGCGGUUGCCCCGCGCUGUGCCGCGCUGUGUCGCGCGACGCCAUGGAGGAACAGGCCGGGCCCUGGCCCGGCUACGAGGGCCGGCAGGACCCGGCCGUGCUCGCCCAGGAGGACAUGGACAUGUUCUUCCACUCCCUGCAGGACGGCGCGGGCCCCGCCGCCGCCUCGUCGUACUACGGGAACCCCGCCGCCAGGGCCGUCCACGGUUACAGGCCCGCCCACCCUCGCGUACCGAGCAGCCAGGUGUGCCGGCCGCACUUCCACAGCCCGCUGCACCCGUGGAUCUCGGACUCCGCCAAGGCCGCCGCCGCCGCGGCCAUGGUUCCUCACCACGGGGCGGCCGCCUGGUGCUCGCCGUUCCCGCCGGCCAAGCCGCAGCCCAGUCCGCCUACGGCGCCCUCGCACUCUAGUCCGCACCUGUUCAGCUUCCCGCCCACGCCUCCCAAGGACGCCACGCCGGACCCGGCCGCGGCCGAGGCCCCCGGCUACGCCACAGCCGCCGGCUGCGGCGAGGACCACAAGCCCGGCAUGCUCACGUCCCUGGCGGCCACGUCCUCCUGCGGCGGAGCGGGCAAGCGCGAAGGUAGCGGACCGUUCUCCGCCUCCUCGCCCCCUUACCCCCACCCCUACGUACCCCAUCCGGGCGCGCCGCCGUCCGAGCUGGCCGGUUACCACGGCUUCCACGCCGCACCCCUGCAGCUAGCCGCGGCUAGCGCGGCUGCGGCCAAGCAGCACUCGUCCUCGUCGUCCAACGCGCUCCAGGGACCCAACGGCUACGGCCAGGCCGGCAAGCCGCGAACCAAGGGACGCUCCAGCGCCGAGGGCAGAGAGUGCGUGAACUGUGGUGCGACGUCGACGCCGCUGUGGCGACGAGACGGCACCGGGCACUACCUGUGCAACGCAUGCGGUCUCUACCACAAAAUGAACGGCCAGAACAGGCCGCUCAUCAAGCCCAAGCGACGACUCUCUGCGGCGAGACGGGCCGGAACAAGCUGUGCCAACUGCAAGACGACCACGACGACCCUCUGGAGGCGCAAUCAGAAUGGCGAACCCGUCUGCAAUGCCUGCGGUCUCUACUUCAAGCUGCACAAUGUGAACCGGCCGCUGACGAUGAAGAAGGAAGGCAUCCAGACGCGGAACCGCAAGCUCUCCUCCAAGAGCAAGAAGAAGAAGGGGGGAGGCGGCGGCCUGGCCAUGGGGCUGCCGGACUGCAUCAAGCCGCUGGACAAGGGCUUCUCGAGCUUCUCGCCGACAGGCCACCAGUUCGCUUCGUCCAUGUCCAUGACCAUGAACCACUACAUGCACCAGGGCAACAUGAACAUGCCCAUCUCCAUGGGCGGCACGUUCGUCACCUCGCCGCCCAUGCACAUGACCACGGCCACGGGCCUGUCCAGUCUCGGCCUCGGUCCGUCCACCGCUGGACUCAGCCUGGCCGCCUCCAACAGCAUGGUGGGCGCGAUGGCCUAGCAGCAGCUGCAACGUCACCCGCCAUGUCGGGACAACACCGAAGGCAGCAGCACCCCCAGUGCGGUCACGUGCUUCGAGUGCAAGAACUCACCGCCGUGAGACGACGCCAGUCAUCAUCGCAACCCCCCUCUACUCUCACGAUGUCACUGUGUGAAACGAACGCUCUUUUCCGCGACUCGUCGCGAACACCUGUACAUAUACGAAGACGAAACAGUGCACGGGAGGGACUGAGAGAGACUCGACAGACUGACCGGACAUCGCGGAAGCACACAGACAAGAGAGAGCUAUAGUAUAUAAUCUAAUCUAUCUUUCAUCACAAAGUACGUUCUGCUAUGUACGACGCCGCGCGUGCGUCUUAUGUGUGUGCCUUCCGCCCGAACUCUGCGCGGGGUGGUGUGACGUUGCGCGAGUGGAACUCGUUUAAGUGUGGACAGUCCAGUGCGCGAGCGGAGCUGCUGCUGAGAACUCAAGCGGCACCGCUCAGCUGCUUGUGCUGCCAGCCCCUGACGCCACCGGCAGCCCCACCUUGCGUCUGGGGUGCUUUCUGCGGCGUCUGAGUGGUGCGCGGCGGUGUGUGCAGAGGGACCACUCUCUAUACGGAGAGUCGGCGCUGCCUAUGAGCGCAGCCCACGCAUCGCACUUUUCUUUUUGCCCUGUUCUCUUCGCGCCUCGCCUCUGCGGAGAUUGCUAUCAUCGACUUUUCACCUUGACCGCUAAAACGUGUGGCGUGAUUCGGUGCGAGCGUGGACAGGGCUUCACGCAUAUACACUGCAGAUUUUUCCCCAUCACACCUUGCGAGCUUGCGCCCUUUCAUCAAGAUGAGUUUUGCUUACAAAAAACGCAGCACAUUGUUUAAAUUGUCGUCACGAAAGUACUUUUCUAAGCUAGUGAAAUUCUCGUUUAGCAUGUUAUCACCGCCAACCAUUCGAGAUAGCUCUCUUGAAGUAGACGCGUAUGAGUAUGUUGAAAGUCAUCAACCGUCCACUCAUUCUGUUGUACGGUGCACAUUCUCAUAUUGAGCUUGGAAUGACGCACUUAAUGCACAGUUCCACAGCCUCCUAGGCCCGCGCACCACGUGAUGUGACGUGGUGCUCAUAUAAAUGCAAUAUCACGGGCAGUGCAGGCCUCAAUGUUCUCUCAGAGCUGUUCCCGGAGUGCGAUUGUUCAUGCACUGAUAAUGACACCACGGUUGCAGCGUUUCAAAUAACGAGACGAGAUAGGUAUACAUGGAUUCAUUCAGCCUUCGUAUGCGUGUCCCUGCAAACGCUCGCGCCGAAGCGUCUUUCGCUCACUUUGAAGAGCGGCAUGUUGAUGACAUAUCCUCCGAGAGCGCGGGCGCGCUGUGCUGUUGCCGAUCUUGAAGGUCACGUUGAAGGCGCUCGCGUUCCUCACGCCCUGCCAGGUGGCGCUGUUCUCCUACCCGAGAAAAAGUGACGCUUUCCGGCAUUUAAAACGAGGGCGCUUCGUCAGACACACAUGCACAGUGCCGAGGCAAGUCGGUUGUUGCAGUUCGCCAUGUCGCGAGGUAGAGCAAGCCCCCGGACCGUCGUGUCCGGGGCGCGCACCUCUCACGUAACACACUCGCGCACACUAUGGCUUAUAGUUAUCACAAGCCUAUUCAAGUCGGGCUACCGCACAGGCACCUCUGGCCGAGAGCAGAACGGCACACGCUGUGUGACCCCCUUUGGAACGCAGUCAAUAUACCCUUCGCUGGGAAGGAACACGCCGUAGAGAUUGUCGAGGCGACACAAAGGUUUUUGUCUUGUGUACGUUCUUGCAUCAACUUUUGUUUUUUCUGGUGUGGAAGGCGUUCGAGACUAGUUCGCAAUUAUUUGUUCUCGCGUCUUUUGUUUGAUAUAGUACGAGCGGAUGUGUGAAACGGGACUUGAAACAGAUUGUAUUCUUGUGAAACAGGGAAAAAUAUAUAUAUACAGCGAAAUCUCAUUGAUACGAUUCUGCAUAAUACAUAUUUCGGGAUAAUACGUUUUUUUUUCUUCUAUUCACGGUCAACGUUUCCCGGCCAGCUUGUUUUGGAUAAUACGAUUUUCGGAUGAUACGUUUUAUUUUCCGGUUCCCGUGAAGAUUGUAUCAACGAGAUUCCACUGUAUAUGAAGGGGUAAAAGUAUAGGUGUGAAAUGCACCUUCGGCUGUGACAUAUUACGUGAUCUCUCCAAGCAGCCCCGACCACCCUGCAUUUUUUUGGUUUAUAUGCGGUGGUUGUUGUGUGCAAUCGUCCUGUCGUGCGUAAGACAGUACUGUACCAUGACGUUGCUGCUGUCACUUAGGAACGUCGUUGCCUAGAGCUCCUGGUAACGCGCGCCUACGGACCAGUGUUUUACGAGAAGGACUUGUCUGAAGGAGUAUUCGGAAAGAAACAUUUAAAGCCUUAUAGCGGUACCUCGCUGUCCUGGCUGCAAAAUUAAGCUCAUGAUGCAACAAAUAUAUGUAACGAAAGAGACUUGACAUCAUGAGGAUCAGCAACCUUUAAUGACACUCGUGGAUUAUUCGAAUUUCCGCAUAAUGAAUGUUUGCAAAGUAAUGCGGUGGUAUCGGUUGCAUCCUCUGGCAAGUAUCGCAAUGACAAAAGGACAAGCCAGGAUAUCGAUGAAGGAAGCUAAUGAAUAUCACGAGUGCUCAAAAAAUACCAGUCAGAAACAUCACAGAUGUCCGUGUCGUUACGCAAAUUCAGGUUAUUCGACUUUUGAUUUUCUAUGACCCUCUAUGAUGUCGCAAAACAAUAAGAAGCACAUAUGCCGCGAAAAAGAAACGCGGUUAAUAUUAUCAUCACUGCGUAUCUGUAUCUUAUCACAUUUGCUUUCAGAAGUGACUCGUGAGUAGCACAAGGCAAUGCGAACGAGAAGGGUUUAUUAAAAGGCAGAUAAAAGUGGUAGCACCAUUUCGGGAUCCGCCUUCAAACACUUGUGUUCAAAUAUUUGUUACAGGUCAUGACGUUAGAGGUGUAGUUAUUUAAGUCUUUUCUUGCGGCCAACGGAGGCCAGUCAGUGGUCGUUCGAGAAGCCAUCGAGUGACUGGAGAAAAAAAAGAAAUACUGUGAGCAUGUGUUAUUUCGUUUUCUUGUUGAUUUUUUUUUUCUUGCUGCAAGUGUGCGUGAGUGAGUGUGAUAAAUGACGUGUACAUAUUUCACAAUGAAGAAGGACGCAUAUGAAAGACUCAUGUUGCCUGCCGGUGCUCGGUAGGUGCUGAGUCACUGCAGUCCGGCUGCACCUCAUGACUGGAAAUAAACAAGAUCAGGUGCUAAAAGAAACAAAA